GCGCAGUUCAUCCAUCACAGCCGCUCUCAGGUGCGCUGCUGUACAACGCGGAAGUGUAAAGUAAACAGAGCAGGGCAGGGCUCCUCUAUCCCGCUGAGGCAGGACUCUCCACUGUCCUGCUGCCAUCAUGUCCGACAAAGACGAUAUUCGCUACUGCCACAGAUGCUCUUAUGUGCUCCUCAAGUUCCUCUUGUGUUUUUAUUCCAUCAUCUGGUGGCUUAUAGGUGGCUGUAUCCUGGCUAUAGGCAUAUACGCAGAGGUGGAGAGGCAGCGUUACAAGACACUAGAGGGAGUGUUUUUGGCCCCAGCUAUUAUCCUAAUCCUGCUGGGCAUCAUCAUGUUCGUAGUCUCGCUGAUUGGCGUUUUAGGUUCACUGAGGGACAAUUUAACUCUGCUAAAGGUGUUUAUGUACACGUUGGCGGUGUGCCUGAUCCUGCAGCUGCUCGGAGGGAUAUUGGCACUAGUUUUCCGAAACCAGGCGAUGAAUUUGGUGAAUAGAAGCAUCAGGAGAGGCAUUAAAAACUACUAUGACGACUUGGACUUCAAAAACAUAAUGGAUUUUGUUCAGAAACAGUUUAAGUGUUGCGGAGGUCAAGAGUACACAGACUGGGCGGUCAACAUGUACCACAAUUGCUCUGCUCCAGGUCCUUUAGCCUGUGGAGUCCCCUACACCUGUUGCAUCACCACCAAGCCUAAUGAAGUGGCCAAUACUCUGUGCGGUUACAGAGUGCUCGAGAAAGAGCGUUUGGAUUUAAUCGAUGUCAUUCACAUCAGAGGGUGUACUGACGCCUUCUUCAUCUGGCUAAUGGACAACUACAAGUAUAUGGCAGUUCUGCUGCUGGGGAUCCUGCUGCCUCAGUUCUUUGGUGUGAUUGUGAGCUGGCUGUACAUCACGCGAGUGGAAGAUGCUAUAACGGAAUACGGCCAUUACAUGGACGGACUCCUGGACUCUGCAGAGAGGGAGACCAAGAGUCACCGGCGUGUCACAAAGUGGUUUAAGUGCAUGCCAGAUAUCGACUAAAGGGACAUCUAAUAGACAGAAGCUCCUCAAACUCUCAACUAACAACAAACCAAACUGCAAAAAUACUGAACCGUGCCUUUAUCGGUAUGAGGGAUAAAUAAACUGUUCAGGCAUGGCAUACUACAACAACGCACAACUUUACUUUGGAUUUUUACAUUAAGAUUUUGUAUUAAGUAGUUUUAUGUCAAGUAAACUCAGGCUUUUAUCAGUGAUCAAACCUCAUUGUUUUUAAUUGUUUGUUAUACCAUCAUUUCAGUUAUUACUCGUAUCUACCUAACAGUCCAUCUACUAUCCAUCUAUAGUGCUUUCAUUUGUCAGUUGUUGUUUUGGUUUUAUAUUUUUCACUAUUACUCGAUUCAUUUUAGUGUCCUAAUACUGCAGUUUAGAUAAUGACCCUGGUUUGUGGAGCAGGCAUAAUGCAUGUUUAAUUCAAUUUUUCAACGAAUUUGCAUCAGUGUACUCUUUUUAAUUACUGCUUUCCCUAUAAAAUGUGUAGCAGUUUUAUUUUUUUGAGGCUAACUGUAGCUGAACAAUAAUGUGAAGUGUGUUGCGGCACCCGUCUCAUGAUGAAUAGAGCAGAGUAAAAGGAGACCACGAUCAAUCUGCCCUUUAUAUCACUACUUUCUGUCUGGCCUUGAAGCUUAAUCUGAUUUCAACAAAGGCAGAUAGUUUGAGGUUUGAUGUUUCUUCAAUGGCAUUUUUCAGUCCAUUUACUAUAAAGGGUAAGAUGAUGAUGUUUAGUGGUACACUUUCAGCCACAACUGCAUCAGGGCAUAACCAGUGUUAGGAAGAAUACUUGAAAAUGUAUUUUGUUAGAGAAUAGGCUUGAUCAAUGAAUCAGUAAUAUUAAGAAGGAAAUAUUGCACAUGUACACACCCCAAGAGCUGUAUUUUCUACUUUUCUCACAAAUACAGUUAAUUUUAGACAAGUUACUGUAUUUUGAAAACUACAGUUACUCUUAACACAUUUUAAGAAUACUAAUUUACUAAUUAUCGGUUCAUGUUACUUCCUAAGGCUGGUUAUCAUAUUUAAUUUUAGAUAUAAAUUAAUUUUGUUGUUUGUUUGUUUUUUUAAAGUUGAAUUUUAAAUUGAAGUGUGUUUUGUUUGUUUUCUGGGUAUAUAUAACUUUGAUUAGUAAGAUUUUCAGAAUCACAGGUGAUGUGGGGAAACUACUACUUGAGUGUGAUUGGUGAAGAGUGAGUGAACAAUAAACAUGUUUUGUUAUGUUCUGCUUUUUGCCUUUGGUGUAGUGGAAGGUGUACUCAGUGAAAUGGAACGUUAAAUAAUUGAUCUCCAAUACCACUCUGUGUACCAUGUGAGAAGUCAACUUAAGACUUGAAUACCCUGAUA